CUUAGAGAACAUACAGGUGAUAUAUCAUACAUCGGAACCGCCAUGUCAGAGUCCAUCGGUCCCCAAAUUCCAUCCCAUCUGCUUCUAACUGUACUUGCCACCGCCGACGACGACUCAGACGAAGAUGAUUACAUGCCAGCGCUACCACCCGACCUGACAACUGCGCGAACUAAAACUGGUCCGUCUCUGCCACCCAAGGGUCCGAUUGCGCCGUACUCUGCAUCUGUGUCUACCGAGAAGUCAGCGUCAGGCUCACGGUCUUCCUCGAGUGCUCCGGCUCCUUCGAAUGCAGGUGCCAGAAGAGUAUAUGGACCUGCGUUCCCCACCGUCGGUCCUUCUGAAACAAAAACUCGCGCUGGACCGUCUUGUUAUUCAGACAAUUCGGACGGGGACUCAGACUCUGAAGUAGGCCCUCAACCUCCUCCAGCACAUCUUGCCUCUGCCAACGCCCCCAACGAAGGAAAUUCGGCUGUAGAAGAGUUUAUCGAGAGGGAGGAGAGGAGACGGAAGAAUGUGGAGGAGGCGAAGAAACCUAAGAAGUUGGAAAGAGAGGAGUGGAUGCUCGUUCCACCUAAGAGUGGGGAUUUGCUGGCAUCACUCGAUCCCACCAAACUAAAAGCCCGCCAAUUCGGGCGAAGUUCUGGCCAAGGCCGCGACGUCGACAACUCCCUCUGGACAGAAACCCCCGCCGAACGACAACAACGUCUCGCAGACGAAGUCUCUGGUCGGAAACGGAAGGCAGCGAAUGCAGAGCCCGUAGAAGACCCUGAGGAUGCGAGGAAGAAAAAAAAGAGGGAUGAAGAGAUUCGGAGGGGUGUCGAAGAGCAUACGCGCAGAGUUCGGGGUGCCGCAUUGGUCAAUUCGCAUAUGGAGCGCGAGGCGCAGAAGAAAGGCGACGCCAACGAGGAACCAGCCGCCAUAUGGGAUCACUCACGCGACAUGUCAGUCGGGGGUCGUCUCAUGGACGAGAAACAAAGAAGGCAAAUGUUGAGAGAGGCGAGAGCCCUUGGGGACAGGUUUGGAACGGGGAAGAGUGGCGGGUUUCUGUAGAAAGGUUUACACUCCGUACGUAUGUGCCUCGAGUUUUCCUGAGUUUCUGUGAUUUUUUUGUGCUGUGUGCAUGUCUUUAAUUUAUGUUGAAUUCGAU